GUUCUUGAGCUGCUCAGAGGUGUGCAGAGGGGUUCAGAGGACAGGAGAAGAUCACUGAGCCACCUCCGCCGGGCUCUGCAGAACAAGGAGACUCAGCAGAAGUUUGUCAGGCUGGACGGCAGCAUCCGGACCCUCAUCGGGCUCUUCACCAGCAGCCUGGCUGACAUGCAGCUGGAAGCCGUGCGCUGUCUGCACGAGCUCUCCCACUCCAGUGACCCUGCUGUGGGCGAGGCGUGUCUGCCAGCGACCUCCUAUCUCCUCACCUACCUCUCGGGACACAGCGUGGAGUUCACGGAGCUGUGUCUGUACACGUUGGGGAACCUCAUAGUGGAAAGUGAAGCUGUGAGGAAGCAGCUUCUGCCUCAGGGCAUCAUUCCAGUGCUGGCAUCCUGCAUCCAGUCCCCACACGAGGCUGUGCUGGAAGGUCUGGGCUACGUCCUGUCGCAGCUCCUCCAAGCCAAGGAAUCCCCUGCAGAGAUCAUACCCUUGGUUCUGGACUCUGUUCUCCCCCAGCACAUGCUUCGACUGGUUUGCUCUGGCCUCAAGGCUGGGACAGGAGCAGCCGUGGAGUUUGCGUGGUGUCUCCACUACAUUGUUUGUAGCCACACGGCCAACGCGGCAUUGCUGUCCCUGGGGGCCCUGCCUGCCCUCACCUCGCUCUUGCUCGACCUGGCUUCUGAAAUCCCGCAAAACGCUCCCGAGGGCCUGGAGCUGCUCGUCUGCCCAGUGCUGCGGUGUCUCGGGAACCUACUCGCAGAGGAGACAGGCUGCGAAGGCCAGAUCGAGGACGAGCGUCUGCUCAUCGCCCUCUUCCUCAUCCUGCAGUGCUUCCUCCAGCAGCACCCGUUCAUCAUACCCGAGUGUCUCUGGCUGCUGAACAACCUCACGGCAGACAAACCCUUCUUCUGCUCCGCUCUGCUCUCCCUGGACUUGCUCCCGGCCCUGCUGCAGCUCCUGCCGUGUUCCCAGAUGGCCGGUGUGUUGGUCCUGACCAUUUUGUGCAACGUAGCAGAGAAGGGCCCAGCCUACUGCCAGCAGCAGCACUGGCAGCCUUCCCUGCCCCUCCUGCUGCCCGCUGCUGCUGACUUCCUCAGGCAAGGCGGGCACGGGGCCCUCGAGCAGCACCAGAGCACUCCAGAACUCCAGGAGCAGGCACGAGCACUGCUGGACAUGGUCAGGGGGUCCCCGGGAGCCUCCGCCUUCAGUCCCUGCCACCCCACGUUGCCUGCCUUCUCCUAG